CAAAUCAUAAAUUUCCAUUAUAAAAAACUUGUGUCCUACUUGUAUAUAAUAAACACAAGUCCACGUGUGAAUAAAACAAUACGAGCUAGGCGCAUGCGUUACAUAAGCACACUCCUCGAUCGUCAUGCCUCUCGCGGCCGUAAAUUGAAAAGGAGAAGCGCAACCAUUAAGCUGACAUCCCCCACUACCGUUGUUGCAAGACCUGUAUACAAGACCGUGCUUAUCGACAAUCGAAAAAAGUUGUCUAUCAGAUGUCAAUUCGUUAACGAUAAUAUGUCAACAUUAAGUUAACUUUUGGAUACGAAAAAGUUAUCUGCCAAGCGGACAUUUGUAAUACAAUUGGUAUACCAAAAUGACAUCUUUUUGGACGUCCAAAAAGACAUCCACAUUUUUUUUUGGUUAUCUUUACGUUGCCAAUCGGAUAUCAAAUUGCUACUAGAUGUUCACAAUGUUCACCGAUCAGACAUUCGAACCCGUGGGCUUCGAGACACAAAUAACGUCGGAAAAAUCUGAAAACACGUCGAUCGUGCAAACGGAACCGAUUCUUAACGCGUCUAAAGAAUCACAGAACAUUGAACAACGCAGUGCCAGCACUCAAACUACUGAAGCUACAAAACCUGAAAUAGAAGUUAAUUAUGAUAAUCUGGCUUCGUUUCUGAAACGAGUCACACCGGGUGUGCUGGAUAUUCUGGACGAAGUUUACGGUAGCAAUGCAUUUGAGGGGUAUAACCCACAUUCGUCUGAUGAGCCGUCGGCUAGAGUACAAUUGCUGUCAAGCUUUUAUACACUCGGCGAUUCAAAUACAGAUAAGAAAUUGAGUGACCUCAGUUGGAGCACAGGCGGUGGAUUUUUGGUAGUAAGUCACAGCGUGAUCCAUCAUGAAACCUGGUGUAAUCAUUUGUCAGAAAUAAAAUUUUAUAAAAUAUCUGGGGAUGACAAGCUCGAAGAAACACCAAACAAAACACUUGAGGUUCAGUCUUGUGUAACUAACUUGGCUUAUCAUCCGACUGAACCAGCUAUUCUUGCUGCUGGAUUAUUCAAUGGUGACGUUCUUCUCUGGAAUCUGCGAGACGACGAAUUUGUGGCUCCAUUGCAAAUAUGCGUUCACAGUGACAUGGUUACAUCUCUCCUGUGGUUGCCAAAAAGUCUAUCAGAUUCGGUAAUCGUAACGACAAGUUCCGAUGGCUUUAUCUACAUUAACGGAAUAACGAGAAACUUUACCAACGUGACGGUGCACAAAAGAUUCAAAAUAUCGAAAGAGCACAAUCCAGCAGAAAAUUCAAGACCACGUAGCUCCAGUGGUAAACGUGAGAGAGCAGUCGAGGCCGGCUUAUCGCUGACUUGUUUGGACUUUUCGUUGAUAUCCCCGGGAAUAUUUGUCGUUGGCACUCUUUGCGGUGGUAUUUACAAAUGUAGCCUUGAAAAUCCGAUACCCAUAGAUUCGGGUGAUAUCGAUGACAGCGAAUAUCCACUUGGUGAUCCGGUUGUUAGCGAAUACGAAAGACACGAGGGCAGUGUAACGUGCAUCAAGUGCUCACCCACGCGAAAUAUAUUUCUAACUUGCGGCACGGACAAAGAGAUACGCUUGUACAACAUUGAUCAGACUAACAGGUUACAAACGAUCAACGUUGAACAAACGGUAGUAAAAUUUUCUUGGUACCCAAAAGGCACCCGCGAUAUAAUAGGAGCUUACGGAGCAAGCUCAAGCGUCGAUUUUUAUGAUGCUGCAAAUGGAAAAGUAAUUUCAAAAUUACGCAUGGAGUCGGCUAGACAAAAUACCAGUUGUCUCGACUUCAAUAUGAAAAGAGAUUUGGCGGCGGUUGGUGACACGAAGGGUAAACUGGAAAUAUGGAGAAUAUCGAGGCAGGCAAUUCCAUAAAUUGAACGAGAUGACGGUGAAAAAUGUGUACACGCUCAAAGCAAAUGGUGUUGUUUAUAUGCAAGAAACGACGGGAUUCAUUGGAAUAUUCAUCAUCGUGAAAAAUCAAAGCUUAUGUCAUAAUUAUUUAUUAACUUAACAGUUAUAAUCUCGGUAUGUAUGAUACAAACUUAUUUCAAUUAGAAAUUAUACAGAAGCUGCUCCGACCUUCGUACCAUCGAGCGUCAGUAAUACAGUUUCCGAAUUUGUUCGUUAUCGGUAUAUCGUACUAAUAACCCACUUCGCAAAUGCUUCAGAAAAAUUAGUGAUAAAGAUUAUGACGAAGUUCAAUUUUAAUCCGUAAGAUUUAUGAUAUUCAACAGAGUUGCUUUAAAAUUUACUAAUCGAAAGAAAGAAUAAAAAUAAUUUUUAUAACGAA